AUGAUGAGCAUUAGAAGAUUUCGUGUCUAUCUGAUGAAUAUCGAGAAUGACACUAUGCAAACAAUGAAUCCAUCAGAUUUACAACGAUAUCAACAAUAUUCUUCUGGUAAUGAAGGAGAUGAUUCGUCCAUUUUACAAGAUGGUGUAGCUGGUGAUUCAUCGUCAUCGUUAAAUUCAGGAAUAUCAAAUUUAGUAAUUCAAGGUCGUGUACCGAAACCCGAUGAUGAACGAAAAUUAUUUGUUGGUCAAUUGUCAUCGGAUAUAACCAAAGAUGAUUUAUUUAAUUAUUUUUCACAAUUUGGAGAAAUUGAAGAUAUCACAAUUAAAUAUGAUGUACCUGGUGGACGUACGAGAGGUUUUGCAUUUAUUUUAUACGAUCGAAAGGAAUCAUUACAACAAGCACUACAAUCACCCGAACAUUUCAUUAAUAAUAACCAAAUUGAUCCAAAACCGGCACACAAAAGACCAGCUGUAACAAAUCCUGUUAAAAAAAUUUUUAUUGGUCAAUUACCUAUUAAUUUUCCCAAAGAAGAUUUAGAAAAUUAUUUUCAACAAUAUGGACCCAUAGAAAAUAUUGAUUUACCUCUUGAUCGUGAAAAAAAUUGUCGUCGCCCAUUUUGUUUUAUAUCAUUUAAUUCAGCAAAAACAGCUGAAGAAGUUCUUAGACAACAACGACAUAUAAUUAAUGGCGUUACAAUUGAAGUACGACCAGCCAAACCAAGAGCACAUGACCAGGGUGGCGGCGGUAUGAUGGCGCCACAAUCGAUGAUGUCCGGCGGAGGAGGCUCAUAUUAUGACGGUGGUGGCAAUGCGUAUGGUGAUAACAUAGAUCGUUGGAGUCAAGGUGGCAGUUCAGGAUCGUACUGGAAUUCUGGAAAUAAUAAUCAGAAUACACAUUCAUCCACACAAUGGUCACAAGGUACUAAAUCUCAAAAUUGUUUACUCUAUUCCACAUUUAUGUAUAUUUUGUUAGGAGCAAAUGGUGGUAGCGCAUCGCCGAGCAGCUAUUCAAAUCAAUCUUCAUCAGUUUAUAAUAUGUAUCCACAGCAAUCGUCAUCCAAUUCUUCUCAGUCUUAUCCAAAUUACGGUCAACAGCAACCAAAUUAUGCUUCAUCUUACGGACAAUAUAUACCAGGACAAGGUGGUUACGGAGGUUAUCAAGGUGGAUAUCAUACUCAUCAACAGGAUCAAAUAAAUGCGUCACCACUAUCAGGUUUAGGUUUUCAUCAAUCAGCAACAUCUUCAAAUUCAGGUACAUCGAAUUCAAAUACAUGGAAUGCCCAGCAGCAACUACAGUAUGCUUCCGCUCAACAGCAACCAGCUCAGCCUGCUUAUGAUCAGCAAAGUUUAUACGCUUAUUAUGCGAGCUACGCUGCACACAUGUAUAACCAACAACAACAGGAACAGCCUCAACAAACACAAUCAGGCAUUAGUCCAAUGGAUCCGUCUUUAUCAUCGAAUAACGGUGCAGUAACAGAUGCCGAAGGACAAGUGCAAAAGCAAUCAAAUUCAGCAUCCUCUGCCUAUCAGCCGUAUCCACAACAACGAUAA